CUGCACAGAGGUGGUGUUUUUUUUUGUUGGCGAUUAAGAAGACUCUUGGCGUAAGCUGCUACUUCCUGGAUUGGAUCGCAGAUUCCAAUCAGUGCUGCAAACAAGAUGAAUCAACAGUGUAAGGUGUGCGGCGAACCAGCCGCUGGUUUUCAUUUCGGAGCAUUCACCUGUGAAGGAUGCAAGUCAUUCUUCGGUCGCACGUACAACAAUUUGUCAUCGAUUUCGGAAUGCAAAAACAACGGCGAAUGUGUCAUCAACAAGAAAAAUCGCACCGCCUGCAAGGCGUGCCGUCUGCGCAAGUGCCUGGUCGUGGGGAUGUCCAAAAGCGGAUCCCGAUAUGGCCGACGGUCGAAUUGGUUCAAAAUCCAUUGUCUGCUGCAAGAGCAGCAGGCCCACAAGAAUAACAACAACAAUAACAGCCUAACCAGCAACAACAACAACGACACCGGUAGCAGCAAUAAUAACAGUAACAAUGGAAGCAGCAAUAACACUUCAAGUUUGCUUCCAAAUGGAUUUCUUCCGGCCAACUUUCUUUCCAAUCUCUGCAACAACAACAAUAACAACAACGUCACGCUGAAAAAAGAACUGAAAAGACCCAGUUCGCCAAGUGACUCGGGAGCAUCAUCCGCCGAUCCGGAGGAAAGUUCCAGCUUCAAAGAUCCCUUCCUGGCAAGCAAUCGUACGAUCUCACCCAAGGUUGAAAUCCCGGAAGUAACACUAACCAAAAUCAGUCCCAAGGUCAGUCGGACUCCCUCCACAUCAUCGUCCUCAACAAACACCACCACCGACAGCUUCCGACCGCUGAUGGAUCGAAUCUCUCCGUACCUUCCUCACGGCCCCUAUCGGCCGGAAGCCACCCCGUACUUCCCCAUGCCUUUCGCCAUGCCACCGGUGUCUCUUGCCCUGAUAACUACCGGCAAGCACGAUCACGAACAGCACGAACCGAUCGACCUUUCCAUGAAAUCGAAGUCCUCCAGCUCUUCCGGAUCUCCUCUUCGGUUAGGAUCGUCCUCUCCCCUCAUAGCGGAGGCUAACGACUCGGAAGACCUGCCAUCUUCAGCGGACAAUGUCCCUCGACCGGUCCCCCUGGAUCUCACCUUUUCCCGGUCGAAAGCCUUAUCUGGGUGAUAGCGAAUCGCAACAAAAUUACUGUAUUCCAUACUCAAAGUACUUGUAGUAAGAUGUGAUUAACUCUAAUAUGACUAGAACAGCUGUAUCGAAUCGUAGCAAUAAGUUGUACACCGUAAGAACACAGAACCCGAACAUGUCAAGUGCCAAAAUGUUGCCCAUAUUGUUCUAUUAAAAGUUAUCCUCGCAUUUAUUUGGAAGUUGGAACACGUGGGCAUUGAUUAGGACAAAGUAUCCUAAAUUAGUAUUAAAUUCUCUUGUACUAAUACAUAGCUAACCAUUGGCCAGUCGCAACCGAGCCAUUUGCAGACAUCUGAAAAUGCUCAGUGAUUUCACACGUUUAAUUGCUUUAAUCCAGAACAUUGCACAUGCACUACUAUAGUUAGCGACAGUGGAAACUGUAGCCAGUAAAAGGGACCAAUUUGCCAGUUUUAGAUUAUCAGUCGAAGGAAGAAUUAAAAAAAAAAUACUCCACCACGACAAUCGAAACCACUCUUAAUCAUAUAAGUAGCAAGCGAGAUAAUAGAAUGUAACAUAACCUCAACAACAAACAAGGAUCGAACCGAUCACAAUAAUGGUGCCAGAUGACAUUGUACAAAUUUUACUCAAUAGCAAACAUGAAGGUGGAAAUCAACCAAGUCUCUGUAGUCUGAUGGUACGAUUUAGGUCCGCUGAUUUCCACUGGUUGAUUUGUGAAACGAUGCAUUUGUUUUUAGUUUUCUAGCCGUACAGACAAGCAGUAGCAUUAAUGCAGUUGUAGCAGAGUGUUUUUAUUGUAACAUUACAUUUUUAUUUAUUGAUUCGUAGCUCAAGCAUUCAGUAGGUAG